AUGGGGUAUAGAAACGGCCAAUUUUCAGCUGUCGAUACAUCCAUCUGGGACCAUUAUGCUGGUAGGUUCCCACGGGAAUGGCUGCAUCCGGACCAGAGGCUACAGAAGUCAUCUUCACAGGAGACUAGAAAGAAGAAGGUGGCUGAAGGAGAAAGGAAAAAGGAAGAAAGGAAGAAGAAGUUGAUGGUUAAAGAGAUUCAAAUAAAGAGGUGGGAGUGUGUGGUAGAAGGUGAGAGAGGAGGACAGAAAAGAGAGGGCAAAAGCAGUAAGCGAAGAAGUGAGAGCUCAAAGUAG